AUGGGCCUGCGCCGUACCGGCUCCAAAGUAUGGAAAGACAUUCGCGGUGUCAUUAGGGCGAUUGGGAGGAGCAGUCGCAGUGGCCCUGAAGCUUCUGCAGAUUCGAAUAUAGCCCCUGCGGACUCGACUAAAGCCUCUGUACUGACUAAAGAUACUAUUCCACGCCACGCCGAGGAAUCUCCCAAACGCACCCCUAAAGGCAUAGGCGCCAAGGACCUCAUUCGAAAGCUUAGGCUCAAUCCUGCGGCCUUGGACUCCAAUUCGACGCUCGUACAGCGAAGCCCUUUGAAGAGGGCACGGAGCUCGCUUCUGGUCUUGCACAGCGCCCACUCGAGCGACCUGGACACUCCACGUUCGUCUGGAGCAAGUGACAAGAUAUCAGCUGCGGGUGACGAUUCGACAAGAAAGACGUCGAUCGAUUCCCGUUCCUCACAAUGGAAUAAGGAAACUGCCAUUAGACGACACAGACGAAACCCGUGGACUCGGUCAAGUCCAGAAGGCCGCGCUCUCAGCACCAUCCCCGAGGCUGGUGUUGUACAGGCUCGGCCUACUAUCGCAACUGUCGAGAGAGCUUCUGCUGCCAAAAUAUUCCUCGAAACAUACUUCAAUGAGCUUCUCUACAAGCCCGAUACCCGUGCUCUAAGGCGGCAAUGUUUGGAAUCUCAGUUGUGCCACUGUCUCUACUUGACCCCUGACCAGAAGGAGGUGAUCCGGGCAUCCAACGACUGCCAGGAGACGUGGCACUUGAGAGAGCUACGGGUGAUGAAGUCCAGAGCUAUCUCACCUGCUGGCAGGAAGGACGGUAACCCGUCUCCCGACAACUACGAGCCCCUGCAGAUUUUGGGCAAGGGAAGCUUUGGAGUUGUGAGAUUGGUACGUGAGAGGCCUGCUCCUGGACAUGCUUUCCCAGGACAAGUCUAUGCCAUGAAAGUUAUCCGAAAAUCGGAAAUGCUACGCAACAGCCAAGAAGGUCAUCUGAGGGCCGAAAGGGACUUCUUGGUUGCUUCCGAGGGCUCUCAAUGGGCUGUUCCAUUGAUAGCCAGUUUUCAAGAUGCUGCGAAUCUUUAUUUGGUUAUGGAAUACAUGCCAGGAGGUGACUUUCUGGGACUACUCAUUCGCCAGAAUAUCCUUCGGGAGCAUGUUGCGCAGUUCUACAUUGCCGAGAUGAUUCUUGCUGUGGAGGAGGCUCAUCGCCUCAACUUUAUCCAUCGAGAUAUCAAGCCCGACAACUUUCUCAUAUCUGCGUCUAGUCACCUGAAGAUAUCCGACUUUGGGCUUGCGUUUGAUGACCACUGGUCCCAUGAUGCUGCGUACUACAACAGUCAUCGAUAUUCUCUCGUUCGGAGAUUGGGGAUCAAUAUCAACGGAGACGAGGCUGAUCAGAAGAGCAGCAAAGACAUUCUGAAGCAGUUCGAAUGGUACCAGUCUCUUGUAUCAGGACUCGACAGGCAUGGAAAGUAUCCCCUGGCAAAGGACGAGGACCUGCAGAGCCUCAUCGGCUGGAGAAACCGGCAUGGCAACCGCACUGCGGCGAGGUCGGUUGUUGGGACGAGCCAAUACAUGGCCCCAGAGGUUGUUCUUGGUCAGCACAUCGGCAUCAUCCUGUAUGAAUGCCUCUACGGGCAGACACCCUUUUUGGCCGAGGAAGGGCGCAAGCAGACCAAGCAAAAUAUUGUGGAAUUCAAGAAUCACUUCUCGUUUCCGCAUCGGCCUGCGGUUAGCGAAAAAUGUAAAGAUCUCAUCUGCCGCUUGAUACAGGAGAAGGAGUACCGGCUUUGCUCGAGAAAGUAUCAGAUGAGAUAUCGUGCCCCGUUCGACGGCACUCGUUCUACAGAGUAUGUCGGACGUUAUGUCUUUGCCAACGAUGCAGAAGACAUCAAGGCGCAUAGGUGGUUCAGGAAUAUCCCAUGGGAUCGGUUGCAGUCCAUGCCGCCCCCCUUCACUCCGCACCUACAGGGUGACGAUGACGCUCACUACUUCGACGAGUCGGAGCCCUUCGAAGACUGGUCUGAGUCAAUGCCCUCGGGCGUGUUCCUGAAUUCGGAGGACGUGAGAACCCUACUCUGUGGGUUCGAGACUCAUGUUCAAGAGAAGGCCAUGGAGCUUGUCAAGACACCUUUUGACGCAGCCAAACUUCGAGGUAUCGACCGCGAUCUCGAUGCCUCCAAAGAGCUCCAACCCAACGAAAAGCUUGCGCUGAAGCAGUUUGUGAGAUUCUAUGGCCACAAGGAGCGCAGGCGGCCACGGGACAUGCUUCUCCGAGACAAGGAUACCAGAAAGACAGUCAUGAAGAUUCGAAGAGAGACGGCCUUCAUAGGGUACACCUGGCGAAGGAUGAGGCCUGGAGGAUAUAUCGCCCUGAGACCGUCGGAUUCAGGAAACGAGUUGGAACGUUGA